UGAAAUUUUUCUUUUUCUUCAAUCGAUUCGAAAUACUAGAAUUGAAUCACGAAACAAACAGAAUGCAAUAGAAUUUUCAAUCCUGAAAUCUUGAUCUUGUUUCGUGAAAACAAAAAAGUUUUAUUUCUGUUUGUUGUUGUUUUGUUUUUGUUUCAUCAUUAUCAUCAUUACAAACAUUACUAUUUUUCAAAAUGAGUUAUCAAUUAUAUCGUAAUACAACGAUUGGCAAUACACUACAGGAAACAUUGGAUGAAUUUAUUCAGUCCGGACAAGUUAGUCCACAAUUGGCACAAAAAGUUUUAUUACAUUUUGAUAAAGCCAUUAAUGCUGCCUUUCCUGCUCGUGUUCGAUCCAGAUUAACAUUUAAGGCAGGACAUUUAAAAACAUAUCGUUAUUGUGAUAAUGUAUGGACAAUUGUAUUGAAAGAUGCUGAAUUUCGUGAAACAGGUGAAUUAAUACAAAUUGAUAAGGUUAAAAUUGUUGCUUGUGAUGGUAAAAAUACACAACAACAACAGCAACAAGCACAACCAACAAAAGAAGAUUAAAUGAUUGAAUCAUUGCAGAGAUUUGAAUUUCGCGAAUUGCGAAUGGGCGCCAUCAUCAUCAUAAGAAUUUAUCUAUCUUUUUUCUUUUUCAAUUUCUGUUUCGAAAAAAAAUGUAAAAUUCAAAAAACUUUUCUGCAUUCAUUUGUCCAACCACUUUUGUUCAUUGGUCUCAGAAUUUUUCAUCAUUAGAAAAUAAUCAUAAUAAAAUUUUGUUUUUUUUUUCGGGGGAUUUUAAAA